AUGGAUGGCCUGAACUUGGAGAUAUUCCCUCUUCAAUAUGAGCUCAAAUCUGAAUGCCGUAUUGGAUACUUGUGUGAACGACAUUUGCUCCUCAGAUUAUCAUCAAUGGAAGACUAUAUUCAUGUUAUGUCCAAACUUGCAUACUAUUUGAAGGCUAAGGAUGGAUUUUAUCAUAUGAGAGUUCAAAAUUGGGAACCUUGGUUCCAUCCUGAAUAUGAAACCUCGACUGUCCUUGCAUGGAUAUCUUUUCCUUCAUUAGCUCCAAACUUUUUUAUUAAGGAGUCUCUUUUUACAAUGGCUAAAACAGUAGAUAAACCUUUACAUGUUGACAUGGAAAUGAAGAACAAGUCUAGACCUAGUUGUGCAAAGGUGAAGGUGGAGGUUGAUUUGCUAAAAGACUUACCUAAAAGAAUAAAUGUUGGCAUGAGGAGGUUAGGUACUGGAGAUAUCAUUGCGUGGAUCGAUAUAAAGUAUGACUACAUGCCAAAAUAUUGUAAAUCAUGCAGAUUACAAGGGCACAAUGUGAAGGAAUGCUUUGUACUUCAUCCAGUUUUAAAACCAGUCAAGGAGAACAAGAAAGAGGAAUCUGCAGAGACAAGUGUUACUGCUGCAAACAUGAAACGACAAGAGCUGAUGACAAAGGAUGCUACAUGCACAAAUCUGGUGAUAGACAAAUGA